UGUUGGUCUCCACCGCAACUGAAACUUACUCACUCUGCCCCCAUUCUCUCUCCUUCCAUUCUCUCUCUCUCUACUUUUACCAUCUUGAAAUUUUCCCAGAAAAUUCACAGGACUACACCAAAUCGAGAUACUUAUUCGCUUUCCUUUUCCGAUUGAUUUGGUUUCUUUCUUCUUUCAAACCACACGACCCUUUAAAGUAUGUGAGCCUCUGUCCUGUUUUUCAGUCCGCACCUUUUAUUUUCUACCUUUGUUAAAAGUUCACUCCUUUAAUCUGCAAAUCCGAUAUUGUUUCGUGGUAUAAGGCUGUCGCUUUCUUUCUCCAAAACCCACCUUUUAAUGUGUUUUUUCUGUCAGAUUUUCUGAAUCUGCGCGUGGGUUUGGGUAACCUUCUCUUUGACGACUCUUUAACUUUAUUAGUUACAAAUCUUGAAACUCAUACUUUACCAAUCCACGCUCAUCACAUUGAAGUGGUCUCUCGGCUAUCAAUGCGAAUCUGAUAAACAGAAUGGAUCACAAUUUGUUAUGUCCGAUCAAAUACACCGAGCACCGGAACGUGACGAAGAAGCUCGCUAAGCCCUCGACUAUAAAGCCGAAAAAGAUUUCCGAUGGCCGGAGAGUACUACCGGAGGGCGUGCAGAGAGUUGUGCGGGUCUCUGUCACUGAUCCUGACGCCACGGACUCCUCGAGUGACGAAGAGGAUCUGCUUUUCCAUCGACAGCGUGUGAAGAGGUACAUCGACGAGAUUAGUAUCGAGACUGCUUGUAAGAGCAGUGUGGUGGCCAGUAAUGGAAAGAAGAGAGCGCUCUCGACCGCCGGAGAGGCGAACCGGAAACCGUCGAGGGCGGGUAAUGCGACGGCCGCCGGAAACGUCAAGAAGUUUCGCGGGGUGCGGCAACGGCCGUGGGGGAAGUGGGCGGCGGAGAUCAGAGACCCGACGCGGCGUGUGCGGCUGUGGUUGGGGACGUAUGACACGGCGGAGGAGGCCGCGAUGGUUUAUGAUAACGCGGCUAUUAAGCUCCGGGGACCGGAUGCUUUGACGAACUUCGUCACUCCUCCGGUGGAGGAACCGGAAAAGGUGGAGGUUGAGGUUAAUGUGGCGUCGGUUUCCGGCGGCUAUGAAUCCGGUGAGGAGUCGAAUAAUUUAUCGUCUCCGACUUCGGUUCUUCGUUAUAGAACUAAAUCUAGUGAAGAAGAAGCAGAGCAGCCUAACGGCUCUCCCUUCAAAGAAGGGAAAGCAACCCAACCAGUUGAAGAACCGGUUAAGGAAACAUAUGGGCCGGUUGAAGAGAUCGAACCGGUUGAAGAAUUUCAGGAGUGUCAUGGAGAAACUAAUUAUUUACCACCCUAUGAUAGCUACGCCUCCGGUGAAUAUGAGUUGCCACUGGACACCAUAUACGGCGAGGAUUAUCCUCUUGAUUUCGAUUUCCUACUACCGGAGCCGCCGGAGCCAAUUUUUGAUACGGAUUUUGGAGAUUCCAACACACAAAUGUUUGGUGAUAGUAUAAACUAUGAAUCGAUGUGGCGAGUAGAUGAGGGUUUUUCUGAUGACAUCAGUCAUUAUUUUGCCUCUGAUUCUAUACCGGCACUAUGAAUCCGGUUGGUUAGUCGAUUUGUCGACAAAUUUUGUAACAGACAGUGGCAAAAACCGGCUAGUUUUUUUAUUUUAUAAAAUAGUAUUUUUCAAUAUUUGUUUUUGAUCAAAUGUCCACAUUGUGUGGACCUUUUUUGAGAGAGUAAUAUAUUUAAUGCAAUUACAUAAUUUAUUUUGCUAUUUAUUUAUUUAUUUUUAUUUUUAUUUUUAUUUUUUUGUGUUAAUGUAUGGUAUAUUUACUGUGGCAUCAUUUUUUUAGGUGCACGAGGGUAAGCGCGAUUUGCGGUUUUGGCGUUUGACUAAGUAGUCAUAUAAUGCUGGUGUGAAAUAAAGAGUGUGUAUAGUUUGUAUUGUGGUUUUGGUGGUGUGUAUGUUAUUAUGUUCACAUAUAACUCUGGUGUGAAACAAAGAGUAGAAUAGGAAUA